CCACGGAGUCUUUGCGGGGGGGGGGAAGCGCAGCAUUGCUGCCUGGAAGAGAUUGGUAGUUGUGGGGCGCAGUGUGGGCGGCAGCAACAGCCGCCGCCGCCGUAGCGGGGAUCUAUCAGGUGGGCGUGGUUUCGGGCUGUAUGGCGUGACUUCAGGAUGCUGGAGGGUCCUGGACUCAGUUACGAAGCGGUGGGAGAGGAGAGGCGAGGCGUCGAGGUGCCCGUAGCAAGGGAUCAAACCUGGGACCUCUUGUAUGCUAAACCUGUGCUAUUCUACAUAAGGCCCCUUCAGAACUGGUUUGCAUGGCUCGUAUCCUUGAGUGACAAGCAUAGAGCUGAGGGGAGAAUUGGAGUGAUGGAAGUAUGUUAUGAGCUGCUGUCCUGCCUUCCCGAAAGCUGGCACAAUGACCCUGACCAAGGGCUCCUUCACCUACUCCAGUGGGGAGGAAUAUCGUGGGGAGUGGAAGGAAGGGCGCCGGCAUGGUGUUGGGCAGUUGACAUUUGCUGAUGGCAGCGUUUACCUGGGACACUUUGAGAAUGGUCUCUUCAAUGGCUGUGGGGUGCUCUCUUUUGCAGAUGGCUCCAGGUAUGAAGGGGAGUUUGUACAGGGAAAGUUCAAUGGUGUCGGAGUCUUCACGCGAUAUGAUAACAUGAUCUUCGAGGGAGAAUUCAAGGGUGGACGUGUUGAUGGCUUUGGGCUUCUGACUUUCCCUGAUGGUUCCCAUGGGAUCCCCCGUAAUGAAGGUUUAUUUGAGAACAACAAACUGUUGCGGCGGGAGAAGUGCCAGUCAGUGAUCCAGCGUGCACAGAGUGCCUCCAAACUGGCGCACGACCUCUCAGCAUGAUGGGUGCAAGCUCUAAAGCACCCUACCCCAGGACUCUCCAUGAAACUGCAGCCUAAGCCGCAGAUUGGCAGGAAUGUGGAGUGCAGGAGUCACAGAAAUAAGCACGAUCACUAGGAGACAGGCAAUCCCAACCCAACCCUGAGCAACUGGAUAGCCUGCCUGGAUCAUAUCCUUAAAACAGCUUGGCCCCCAUAGUGUGAACUGGUGCCAAACCUCAGUUAUGGAAUUACAGUGUCCUCUUAGGCAGAGAGGUAGUCACUCCUGAGGCAGUGGCAUUCUCUUUGCUGGGAGCAUUCUCCAUGGGAGCAUCUGCUAGUGCUGUAGCCCCACAGCUGUAAUGGGCCCACUGGGAGCAUUGCACCUUCUUCUCCAGCUUAAGGGGUGUGGAGGGCAAAGAGUGGCUCAUUUGUGCACACAAUGGAAAUCCAGCAGGAUGGUCUGGCAUCUUUUCUCACUUUGGGACCAAGCAACAGGGGACUUAUGAGACUAGUUAGGUUGGGCUUCCGGGAUAGAAGGUGGAGUUCAAAUGUGCAUUUAGCACAGCUUCCAGUCCUUCUCCAUGGCCCUAAGCCUCUCUCUCCCUGUCUCCUGCCUGUUUCAUAAUUUAUUUCUGUGUAAGAAAAGAGAAAGAAUGCAAACAUGGACAACUGAUUUACAGAGUAGAAUUCUUGACCUGCUGAAUGUGCCUUUUCCCAACCUUGCAGAUCAGCACAGGGAAGGAGGCCUGAGCUGCAUUAUCUGCCAUUAUUUUGUCUACACUUUAACUUUGGAUUAUAUCUGGGACUUCUUCCCACUCUUUGUUCCAGCAUUCUUGUGCUUUAUCCAGUUCACUUGGGCCAUUUUCACUGUGUAUAUUUGGGUUGCUUCGUAGCUGGAGGUCAGCAUUUCACAGCUGUUCUCUAGUAUGUAAAAUCUACACUCUUUGACCUGGAAGGUCUAGGAAGGAGGGAUCCAUUUUGCCUCCAGGACUGUUGCAUGGCAUCCAUGCACCAUAGUGCCACAUAGGCAGGGCUGUGUGUAUCCUACACUCAAAAAAUAAUUCUGUAUCAAAAAGUUAUGUAAACUUGCAUAUGGUUGCCUGUUUUGCAUUAGUUAUUUUUGAUAGUCCUGGAGGAAAAGAAUACAUUUGCAGAACACUGAAAUAGUAUCCCCUAAGCACUGGAAAUCCUGUGCAGCCUCCUACCCAUCCUCACUUUGGCUUCUGAGACCUUACUCCAGACGUUGUUUAAAUAUUUUCAAGCCUACCUUUGCAGUUUUAACAACUAACUAAAAAUUUGCUUUUAAAAAAGAAGAUAAGCCAAGGUUCUCUUGAUGUAGACAUCAGCACCUAAUAUGGAAUUUUGCUCUUAUUUGAUAUAGGGCAGGUUCCAACGACCACCUGUAAUGUAAGUACUUACCAAGUAGGUUGCCCCUGCUAACAGAGCAAAGAGGUGCCUUUUAAAAGUGGUGAUUCUCUUUAUUUAGCAGAGGGAGAGCAACUCGCCCUAUCCAUCUCCAGCACAGUACUCCUCCAGUGAUUGUUGCUGGUGUCUAUCUUGUGUUUCUUUUUAGAUUGUGAGCCCUUUGGGGACAGGAAUCCAUCGUAUGUAUGUAUGAUUACUCUAUGUAAACUGCUUUGGAAACUUUUGUUGGAAAGUGGUAUAUAAAUAUUCAUUGUAGUAGUACAAGAGGAUUGUGAGGAGUGUGUCUGAACCCACCCAAGUUUGACUGCUGAAAUUCUCCACUGACAUUCUCCCAACUUGUGUCCCCAAGAUGUGGAAGUUGGGUGGAGAAUUUCAGGAGAAUGUCCGGUGGAGAAUCUUGGGAACAGACUUAGGCAAAUUCAGACAUUGAUACCACCAGGAGCAUGUGCUCCUCACAAUCUCCAGUUCAUCUCAUACCUACUUGGUAAUUACUUACAUGUGAUCGGGACCUACCCAUAGUUGCAGAAUCCUAGCAUACACAGAGCCCUGUACAUAUCCAAAAUAAGUGGUGUCUAUCUCUAUUUCAGUCUUUAGGUCCAAGGAGAUGGUUGCUCCCAGAUACGGUAAUGACUUUAAAAGCAUAUUAAUGGUUCAGAUGGGUGACUACUAGAGCCUAGUACGAUAGCUUGAAAUAACUUAUAGAAUGGAGAUUGCAAGGCAUCCCUAAGUAAUUGUACAAGAUAAGCUGGGGCACUGAUGUGGAAAGAAGAACAGGCUUCUGGUAGCAGGAUUCUUGCGAGAGAUGCAGACUGAAAGGAAAUGUGAGGCUGGGAAAGCAGAAGUGGGAAGCUAAUUGUGGAUAGAUAGCAAGUAAGACUGAGGGUCAAACUGCACAUUAUGUUAAUUGUGUUAAGAGGUGUGGUUAAGACCAGAAAUGUCUCUUUUUCAACAAGAAGUCCCAAUUAAUGUGGCAGGGGGGUGGUUUAGCCUUUCCCCAGUACUGUUUCCCCACUAGAAAGUCACCUUCUGCAAGCUACAUGCUCCUGAAGUAGCUGCUUUCAACAAAUAGCCAUUUCAGGGGCCAAUAAUUUUGGGAGGCGGUUUUAGGCAGGAAAACGGGACAAGGGGAAAGGGUUAAUCUUCCUCCUCCAUGCCACAGUCCAAUUGGGAUCAGGCUCUCCAUAGCUGCUUUUUGUUAAAGAGGAGACAUUUCUGGUGUUAAUUGCAUUAAGAGACACGUUUAUCAUAAAUUUGUAGUUUAGCCUUAAAAGUCUAUGGUUGGGGUGAGUUGAAUUGAGAUUGAUGGUCAUUGAAGAGCGACUCUGUUCUGUCCAGCCACUGUGUGUUUCUGUGCAUUAAAAUCAAACAUGGAAUUGUUUUGAGACUGGGGGUGGGGGUGUUCUUAGUCAAGCAUGGUGUGUAUCCCUAAGUGCCAUGCUGGAGCCUGCGUGACCAGCCCACCUCCGCAUUGAAUGUCUGCGUGUCAAUGCCGCCCUCGUGCCUUUGUGUCUCUGCCCAUGUAAGGGCCUUGGCCAAAUAAAGAGUUGUUGAAUCUC